AGGCCUGGGAAGGGGCGGAGGAGGGAGACUAGAGCAGGAAGAGCAGCGGCGAGGCGGCGGCGGCUGAGUCGGUGGUGGCAGAGGCGAAGGCGACAGCUCUAGGGGUUGGCAGCGACCCUGAGAGCAGGAUGCGGGUCCGGGUAGGGCUGACGCUGCUGCUCUGUGCGGUGCUGCUGAGCUCGGCCUCGGCGUCCUCGGAUGAAGAAGGCAGCCAGGAUGAAUCCUUAGAUUCCAAGACUACUUUGACAUCAGAUGAGUCAGUAAAGGACCAUACUACUGCAGGCAGAGUAGUUGCUGGUCAAAUAUUUCUUGAUUCAGAAGAAUCCGAAUUAGAAUCCUCUAUUCAAGAAGAGGAAGAUAGCCUCAAGAACCAGGAGGGGGAAAGUGUCACAGAAGAUAUCAGCUUUCUAGAGUCUCCAAAUCCAGAAAACAGGGACUAUGAAGAGCCAAAGAAAGUACGGAAACCAGCUUUGACCGCCAUUGAAGGCACAGCACAUGGGGAGCCCUGCCACUUCCCUUUUCUUUUCCUAGAUAAGGAAUAUGAUGAAUGUACAUCAGAUGGGAGGGAAGAUGGCAGACUGUGGUGUGCUACAACCUAUGACUACAAAGCAGAUGAAAAGUGGGGCUUUUGUGAAACCGAAGAAGAGGCUGCUAAGAGACGGCAGAUGCAGGAAGCAGAAAUGAUGUAUCAGACUGGAAUGAAAAUCCUCAAUGGAAGCAAUAAGAAAAGCCAAAAAAGAGAAGCAUAUCGGUAUCUUCAAAAGGCAGCAGGCAUGAACCAUACCAAAGCCCUGGAGAGAGUGUCAUAUGCUCUUUUAUUUGGUGAUUACUUGCCACAGAAUAUCCAGGCAGCAAGAGAGAUGUUUGAGAAGCUGACUGAGGAAGGUUCUCCCAAGGGACAGACUGCUCUUGGCUUUCUCUAUGCCUCCGGACUUGGUGUUAAUUCAAGUCAGGCAAAGGCUCUUGUAUAUUAUACAUUUGGAGCUCUUGGGGGCAAUUUAAUAGCCCACAUGGUUUUGGGUUACAGAUACUGGGCUGGCAUCGGAGUCCUCCAGAGUUGUGAAUCUGCACUGACUCACUAUCGUCUUGUUGCCAAUCAUGUUGCCAGUGAUAUCUCGCUAACAGGAGGCUCAGUAGUACAGAGAAUACGGUUGCCUGAUGAAGUGGAAAAUCCAGGAAUGAACAGUGGAAUGCUAGAAGAAGAUUUGAUUCAAUAUUACCAGUUCCUAGCUGAAAAGGGUGAUGUACAAGCACAGGUUGGUCUGGGACAACUGCAUCUGCACGGGGGACGUGGAGUAGAACAGAAUCAUCAGAGAGCAUUUGACUACUUCAAUUUAGCAGCAAAUGCUGGCAAUUCACAUGCUAUGGCCUUUUUGGGAAAGAUGUAUUCGGAAGGAAGUGACAUUGUCCCUCAGAGUAAUGAGACAGCUCUCCACUAUUUUAAGAAAGCUGCUGACAUGGGCAACCCAGUGGGACAGAGUGGCCUUGGAAUGGCCUACCUCUACGGGAGAGGGGUUCAAGUUAAUUAUGAUCUAGCCCUGAAGUAUUUCCAGAAAGCUGCUGAACAAGGCUGGGUGGAUGGGCAACUACAGCUUGGUUCCAUGUACUAUAAUGGCAUUGGAGUCAAGAGAGAUUACAAACAGGCCUUAAAAUAUUUUAAUUUAGCUUCUCAGGGAGGCCAUAUCUUGGCUUUCUAUAACCUAGCCCAGAUGCAUGCCAGUGGCACAGGUGUGAUGCGAUCAUGUCACACUGCAGUGGAGUUGUUUAAGAAUGUAUGUGAACGAGGACGUUGGUCUGAAAGGCUUAUGACUGCCUAUAACAGCUAUAAAGAUGGCGAUUACAAUGCUGCAGUGAUCCAGUACCUCCUUCUGGCUGAACAGGGCUAUGAAGUGGCACAAAGCAAUGCAGCCUUCAUUCUUGAUCAGAGAGAAGCAACCAUUGUAGGUGAGAAUGAAACUUAUCCCAGAGCUUUGCUACAUUGGAACAGGGCUGCCUCUCAAGGCUAUACUGUGGCUAGAAUUAAGCUUGGAGACUACCAUUUCUAUGGAUUUGGCACCGAUGUAGAUUAUGAAACUGCAUUUAUUCAUUACCGUCUGGCUUCUGAGCAGCAGCACAGUGCACAAGCUAUGUUUAAUCUGGGAUAUAUGCAUGAGAAAGGACUGGGCAUUAAACAGGAUAUUCACCUUGCAAAACGUUUUUAUGACAUGGCAGCUGAAGCCAGCCCUGAUGCACAAGUUCCAGUCUUCCUAGCCCUUUGCAAAUUGGGCAUUGUCUAUUUCUUGCAGUACAUACGGGAAACAAACAUUCGAGAUAUGUUCACCCAACUUGAUAUGGACCAGCUUUUGGGGCCUGAGUGGGACCUUUACCUCAUGACCAUCAUCGCGCUGCUGUUGGGAACAGUCAUAGCUUACAGGCAAAGGCAGCACCAAGACAUGCCUGCACCCAGGCCUCCAGGACCACGGCCAGCUCCUCCCCAGCAGGAGGUGCCCCCAGAGCAGCAGCCACCCCAGUAACAGCCACCAGGUCCAGCCUUGAUCGGUGACAGCAAAGGAAGUUAUCUGCAGGGAACACUUGCAUUUGAUUUAGGACUUUGGAUCAGUGGUCACCUCCCGGAAGAGGCAUGGCAUAAGGAAGCAUUGAAUUCCUAAAGCUGCUUAGAAUCUGAUGCCUUUAUUUUCAGGGAUAAGUAACUCUUAAGUAAACUAAGCUGAAUGUUUGUUUCAGUGCCAUAUGGAAUAACAACUCUCAGUGGCUUUUUCUUUUUUCUUUUCUGGAAACGUGAGACACUCAAAGUAACAUCUGCUGUAUCCAGCUAUCUUUCUUGGAUCCUUUUGGUCAUUAUUUCAAUGUGCAUAAGUUCUUGAUAUUAACCAUCUUUAAGGUAUUGUGCAUCGACACUAAAAACUGAUCAGUGCAAAAAGGAAAACCCAGUUAGUUGCAAGUUUAAACGUGUUCGAAAGUCUGAAAAUAGAACUUGCCUUUUAAGUUAAAAAAAAAAAAAGACAUCUUCAAAGUGUUUUGGAACUUCGACUACUGAGAAACUUUUACCAGUCCACAUGCUAUACAUAUUUAGCAUAUUCGUUAUUUUAAAAGGGAAGGUAAGGAGGUUCUUAUUGGUGAUUGUCACACUGUAUACCAUACCCCUCUCCUUCAAAGACUGAAAGGCCUUGUUAAGGAGUUUUUUGUGAGCUUUACUCCUUUGGAAUGCAAUAUACAUAUGUAAAACCUUGUGACUCCUUGCGCCAAUGUGAAUUUGCCCCACCUACUCUGUAAUUUGCUUGUUUGUUUUGAAUGUACAGAGCUUUGAUCCAGAAGCCAGAGGAUGGACUAAAUGGGAGAAAUUA